CACGAAGUACAUCCUCUACCAAAUUUUUUACCUAAACAAUCAACUCGGCCACUAACACCCAACAGGAACGUCAAGCAGCUCCAUCUCUCGAAACCAACACUCCCCAAAUACCGGUCGACGACGUUCCGCCGUACUCAUGAACCUACAACUUAACGACCCUUCCGUGCCUUCGCCAGGCGAGAUGGUCAACGAACCGUCUGGCCUACGGACUGCGAGCCCGCAACCUCUUUCUGGAUCUCCCCUGACGGGUGAUCCCCGUCAUCAUAGAGCACCCAGCCUGGGUGAACUGCAUCAAGAGCUUGAGGCAGAGCAAGAAGCUCAUGUGAAUCGCCUCUUGCAGAUGAUCCGACAGCAGCAGCUCGAACUCCAGCGCCUUCAAGCUGCCAACCCCCAUAACCAGAACCAGAGCUCGGCUGUAGAGGAUAGCUCUGCCAUUUCCGAGCGGUCAGGUCACGGAACCCCCCACGCCUCCAGCUCUCAUGUCUCGAUCCCUCCUGUUCCAACCGGCGGAUCUGGUUCUCGCUCCAAUAGCUAUCGUCACCCUCGAAGCUCGUUCGAUCUCGCCCGUGCCGACCUCCAACGACGAUCUCGAACACCCAGUCGUAGUGGUGCCUCCCCACGACUUCGCGCAACUUCCAUAGGUGGAAAUAGCGAGGAUUUGGUUCUGGGUGGUCGCGAUGAAAGCGCAUUUUAUCAGGCUGAGACACAGAUGCUGGUUCGUGAGAACCAGAUGCUUCGUCACAGAGUACGAGAGCUAGAGAAACAACUGACGGACCUCGGGACUGGGUCGCCGGCUCCUCAUGAGCCACCUCACCACUCAAACCUCACAAGAUCUUCUACGACAAUAGAUAAGGAGGAAGACAAGUCCAUCGCCGAGGAAGCCAAACCUUGAAGAAGCUGGCUCAUAUUUUAUCCGAUACUUAGAACACGAAGCAUGUUGAAUGUUAUGGCGUUAGGCGAUCAAGACGGAGGGUAUGGGAGCCGACUUUCCAGUGGCAAUUGAAACCAGCUCGAGACAAAUAUGGCGUUAUGGAUUUACUCUGUAUAUUAUCAUGAGUUUGAUCACUUGAGAGGAAGAAUGGGUAGUCAUAUGGACUUGAUAUGGUGAAAAUUGAGUUUUCAAAAAGCUUCACAAGCGUCCUAUAUAUUAAGUUAUCCUC